AUGGUGAGUGUGCGGGGCAGGGCGUCCCGAGGCUGGGGAGGCCUCAUCGGAACCGGCUGGAAAUGGCGGCGGCGGGACCGAGACUGGGAGUGGAGUUCCCACUCAGCCCUUGGUCCUCAGUCCCCUCCCGUGAGGGUCCCGGGCUCCUGUCGGUCCCCGCACGGCGGCUCUGCCCAGCCUGCAGCCCUCCUUCUUCAGCUCUGCGCCCGCAGCCCCGCACCUUCCCCGGGCUGUGGGGUGAGGAGCUCACCGGGAAGACGCCGGCGCGGCGUGCGGGGGCACCGCGUGGGAAGAGCUGUUGUCCGGGGUCCCUGUGCCCAAGUCCAUCUGUCACUUGCGUACGAGAAUUCAGACAUUAGUGAGUUCAAGACCAUGCCUUUAAACCUGACUGCUGUAGGAGCAAACCCAAACCUCUGUCACUUGAUACAUAUAUAUUUUCAGGAACACUUAACAUUCAGGGAUGUGGCCAUAGAAUUCUCUCCAGAAGAGUGGAAAUGCCUGGAUCCUGCACAGCAGAAUUUAUAUAGAGAUGUGAUGUUGGAGAACUACAGAAACCUGGUCUCCCUGGGUGUUGCUAUCUCUAACCCAGAUCUGGUCACCUUUCUGGAGCAAAGAAAGGAGCCCUACAAUGUGAAGAUACAUGAGACAGUAGCCAAACACCCAGCUAUGUGUUCUCAUUUCACCCAAGACUUUUUGCCAGUGCAGGAGAUAGAAGAUUCAUUCCACAAACUUAUAUUGAGAGGAUAUGAGAAAUGUGGACAUGAGAAUUUACAAUUAAGAAAAGGCUGUAAAAGGAAGGUGCAGAAAGCAGGUUAUAAUGAAUUUAGUCAAUGCUUGUCAACUACCCAGAGCAAAAUAUUUCACUGUAAUGCACAUGUCAUAGUGUUUAGUAAAUUUUCAAAUUCAAACCAACAUAAGACAAGACAUACUGGAGAGAAACACUUUAAAGAAUGUGGCAAGUCAUCUCAGAAGUUCUCAGACCUAACUCAGCAUAAAGGAAUUCAGGCUGGAGAGAAACCCUACACAUGUGAAGAAAGUGGCAAAGACUUUAAAUGGUAUUUAGUCUUUAAUGAAUAUAAGGUAAUUCAUACUGGAGAGAAACCCUUCAUAUGUGAACAAUGUGGCAACAUCUUUACCACAUUCUCAAACUUUGCUAAACAUAAAGUUCAUACUGAAGAGAAAUCUUUCAAAUAUGAAGAAUGUGGCAAAGCCUUUAAUAGGUCCUCAACCCUUAUUAAGCAUAAGAGAAUUCAUGCUGAAGAGAAACCCUUCACAUGUGAAGAAUGUGGCAAAAUCAUUACCUCAUCCUCAAACAUUGCGAAACAUAAGAAAAUUCAUACCAGAGAGAAACUCUACAAAUGUCAGGAAUGUGGCAAAGCUUUUAAUAGGUCCACAACCCUUACUAAACAUAAGAGAAUUCAUACUGGAGAGAAACCCUACACAUGUGAAGAAUGUGGCAAAGCCUUUAGUCGGUUCACUACCCUGAAUGAACAUAAGAGAAUUCAUACUGGAGAGAAGCCCCACAAAUGUGAAGAGUGUGGCAAAGCCUUUAUAUGGUCCACAGACCUGAAUAAACAUAAGAUAAUUCAUACUGGAGAGAAACCUUACAAAUGUGAAGAGUGUGGCAAAGCCUUUGGAUGGUCCGCAUACCUGAGUAAACAUAAGAAAAUUCAUACUGGAGAGAAACCUUAUAAAUGUGAAGAGUGUGGCAAAGCCUUUAUAUGUUCCAGAGCCCUGAAUAAACAUAAGACAAUUCAUACUGGAGAGAAACCUUACAAAUGUGAAGAGUGUGGCAAAGCCUUUGGAUGGUCCACAUACCUGAGUAAACAUAAGAAAAUUCAUACUGGACAGAAACCUUAUAAAUGUGAAGAGUGUGGCAAAGCCUUUAGACAUUCCAGAGUCCUGAAUAAACGUAAGAUAAUUCAUACUGGAGAUAAAACCCCCAAAUGUAAAGGAUGUGGUAAAGCCUUUAAGUGGCCCUUAUAUCUUAAUGAACAUAAUAAAAUUUUUACUGGAGAGAAACUCUAGAAAUAGGAAGAAUGUGGCAAAGCCUUUGAAUGAUCCACAAACCUGAAUGAACAUAAGAACAUUUGUACUGGAAAUAAACUCUACAAAUAUGAAGAAUGUGGCAAAGCUUUUGGAUGGUCCACAAUCCUGAAUGAACAUAACAAAAUUCAUAUGGGAGACAAACCCUACAAAUGCAAAGAAUGUGGGAAAGCCUAUAAACAGCCCUCACCCAUGAAUAAACAUGAGAAAAUUCAUAAUGGAGAGAACCCCUACAAAUGUAAGGAAUGUGGCAAAGUCAUUACGUCAUCCUCAAACUCUGCUAAACGUAAGAGAAUUCAUACUGGCGAGAAACCAUAUAAAUAUUUAGAAUGUCAUAAAACCUUUAAUAGCUUCACAACCCUAAUUAAACAUAGGACAAUUCAUACUGGAGAGAAAUCCUACACAUGUGAAGAAUGUGGCAAAGCCUUUAGACAGUCCGGAAUCCUUUAUGUACAUAGGAGAAUUCAUACUAGAGAUGAAAUCAUACAAAUGUAAAGGAUGUGGAAAAGCCUUUAUGCUGUACUCCAGCAUUCUUAAACAUAAGAGAACUCGUACUGGAGGAAUGUCUUACCAAUAUGAAAAACGUGGCAGUCUUUAAAUGCUCCUCAAUCCUUUCUAAUCAUAAGAUAAUUCAUAAUGGAGAGAAACUCUACAAAUGUGAAAAAUGUGGGAAAGCUUUUAACCAUAUCUCUCUGUUCUAAACAUAAGAUAUAUGACAUUGGUGAGAAGCCAUAUGAAAAUUUAAAAUGUGGCAAAGACUUCAAAUUCUUUUUUUUUUUUU